CUGGUGGUGCGGGCACUGGCGCAGACGGUCGGCGCCGGCCUGGCGCUGCAGCGGCGUGCCGCGGAGGGGGACGUGCUGUGCGAGCCGCUGCUCGAGAUCGGCACCAUGUGGCGCGGUCCGCGCAUGGAGGUCGACCUGAUCCGGGCCGGCCUGCGCGGCUACGUCGGCUUCCUGCGCCACUACUCGGCGCAGCACGAGACGGCGCGCCGCCUGGAGGCGCUGCAGGAGUCGGCGCGCGACCUGAUGAUCGUCGGCAUGCACGGCGGCGGCACGCUCCGCUCCGUCUGCCACGGCGACCUCUGGAAGCUCAACAUGAUGUUCCGCUACCCGGCGGACGAGCCGGCCGGCGCGCCCGACGGCGUCAUGUUGCUCGACUGGCAGCACUGCCACGUCGGCAACUUCCUGGUGGACCUGUUCUCCGUGCUGGUGAACAACACGGACGCGGCGUUCCGGCGCCGUCACACCGCGGAUGUGCUGCGCUUCUUCCAUGACGAGCUGGCGCUGGCGCUGCGCGAGGCGGGGCUGCAGCCGUCGGACGUGGGGCUGAGCCACGAGCAGCUCGUGGCCGACUACCAAGCCUCGAAGAAGGCGGCGCUCAUGCGGGUCAUCUUCGACGUGGUGCUGCCCCUGGCCGCCGACGACGCCACGAGCGGGGCCGACCCGGGCGCCCCUCCCGAGCAGCUGGUGGACCGGCUGGUGGAGGCCAUGGCCGUGAAGACAACGGACCAGCAGCUGGAACGGCUGCUGCUCGAGCUCGCUGACGAGAUGAGCGAACAGGGCGUCAUCUAGCCGGCCAGCGCGUGGAUGCGGCUGCCGGUGGCCGUGGGAUCGAAAGAAGACGGGAGAGGAGGAGAGAGGAGGUGACAGGGCCAGCUAAUGGGAGGGGCGUGAGCGGAGGCAGCUACGAAGGUCCACCUCUCGACAAACCAGACGAUAUUUUCUUGUCGGACUUGACCGGAGGGUUUCAACAUAAUUACAAUUUGUAUCGGUAUUACUUAGCUUGCAUUUCAAAGGCCUGUCCACAAUCGGACACGCUUUCGUGUCAAUAUCCCACGAAAGACUCCGAGUUAAUCUGUGUGUAAAGGCAGUGAUAUCUGGCAGUUCCUGGCAUCCAGGCGUGCAUAUUAAAAAACUGUCGUCGUCACAUGGUCCCGCUACCAUAAAGCUCUGCGGGAUACCUCGCCUCCGCUGGGAUGCGAAAGUUUCUGAUUCGCAUAGCACACCUGAGAGUUAGGAUUGACAAAAUGUCAUGACCAUCUCGCGCGGAACCGAGCGCUGCAGAAAUGCCAGCAGGAGGCCUCGCCAUGAAGGGCCCCUUAUAACGGACUGUUAUCAGAUGGAGAAGAAACGGUGAGUCCCAUGGAGAUAUAUUGCAAGGCAUGUGGUUUGUAGCGGCGGCCGCAGUGUUACAAGUUUGUUGGCACCACACCCACACAAGUGUCGUGCUGCUGGAAUGGUUAGCCGCAUGGUUCAACACAUCAGUGCGACAGCACAGCGGCGGUCGACAGAAAAUACAGCCCGCCACAAAACAAGAAUAGGUCGGCCGAUGUUACCGGGCAUUGCUGAUUUCAACAUACUACGUCAAAUAUUUAAAAAUCGGACAUUCUACUCGACUCAUAACAUCUAGCCAGCGUAGACUGCGGCAACUGAUGAAAAAUAGCAUGCAAAAUAACAGCAACUGAAUAAAUCCUACUAUCAUC